AUCAGGGUGUUAAAGAGUACCAACAAAACCUUCUCCUGACCUGAACAUCUUGAUGGAUGUCAGUGCAGACUCAGGGAAACGCCCCACCACGACUGGAGGACACGACUUUGAAAAGGAGCUGUCGUUAUCAUAUACCCCUCACGAGACAGACAGUGGCAUCAUUUCCUUACAGGUUUUGGAGUUUAAAACAAUUCUUCAUGAAGCAGUYGAAGAACUACAUAUUCACAGGGAGGCUGAAACUCGGUAUGAAGAGCAGAUUAGUAAACUUGUGUUGGAGAAGCAGGAAUUAGAAUGGCAGAAGGAAUCCCUUCAACAUCAAAUUGACAACAUGGCAAAUCAACAUACGGAGUCUCUUGCCAAUGUUAAAAAACAGUUUCAGUCCAAAAUCAGAGGGGUCGAAGGUGAAAGGGGAAAGCACCAGCUGACAGCCGAGUUAAAGGACAAGGAGAUCAACAGUCUGAAGGAGGAACUGAAAUUGUUCCAGUUGUUCAAGUACAGUUUGGAGAAGAAAUUAAGCGAGCUGGAGCAGAAGCUGCAGCUGCAGACCCAGACCAAAGACAGCCACCUGAAACAACUGGGGGAGGUGGAGAAGAGGUUUGGGGCUCUCUCCAGACAGUGUGCAAUGGUCAAGCAGGCCCACGAGAAGCUGGAGCAAAAUGUUGAAGAUGCCAUGAGACUCAAUAAGAAACUAACUUCUGUCAAUAGAAAACAAGAAUCCACAAUCAUCUCCUUAAAACAGGAUGUGGAGGAACUUAAUAACAAGCUUAUUAAGGCAAAAGUGACAUCUGUGGGUAGAUCUGAACAGAACUGCAACCUCACAGUCAAAGAGCAAAACAUACAGCAACUCCAACACAGGCUGCAUGUGGAAACUGAAAUGAAUAAAAAACUCAGAGAUGAGCAUACAACUGAAAGAAAUGGAAAAAAGGAGGUGAUGAACUCCCUACAGCUUGCCCAGCAGCUUCUGCUGACACAGACUCAGGCUGUGAGCCGAGUGGAGCUGGAGCUUCAAGCACAGCGACAGGAGUACCAGGCCCUUAAAAGAGAACAUGAAGUGAUCCGAGAGAAGAUCCAGGAAAAAGAAGACAGAUUCACUCAUCUGCUGGAGGAGUACAGAAAUUGUAGAAUGAUCUGGGAAAAUGAGAAACUGACAUUACAAGAGAGGAUCCAGUCAGAGCACCAAGACCUGAGAUCUGUAAAGGAGGCUUAUAACCACCUUCAUGAGCAACACACAGAACUAUCAUCCCGUGCUAUACUGCAAGCAGAACACAUACAGGGACUGGAGAGUGGGAUGAAGGACUAUGUUAAAGACAACAAGAAUCCAAUGGGUGAAAACAGAGAUCAAUUCGCUAAGGAUGAAUAUGUCUCAAAGGACGUUUGUAGAGUGGACACAGUUGUAGUGGAUGAAGUGGCUCAAACAGCAGAAAGUGAAUCUACACAGGAGAAUCUAGAUGUUACAGAUGUGUCAGACCAAAGCAGGGAAGUCGGUCCUUCCGGUUGUUCGGAGACUGUGAUUGAUGACUCCCCACAGACAGCCCACUGUAAGGUUAUCGACAGUGUACAGGCCACCCAUGGUACCAAUCCAGAUCGGUCCACAGACGUAGAGGGAGGAAGAAAGAGCUGUCAGGGUGAAGACAAGCCUAGCUCAGUGCUCCAGCCACCAGCAGGAAGUCUGAAGGGGUUGGCUUCGCUCCAGUCUGGAUCUACAGACGGUCUGACCACGGUCACAGACGUGGUCCAUGUGCUGAGUAUUUGCGGAAUAGGAGAAGGUCAGCCAACUGACUCAAACAACAAACGUAGCUCCAGUGAUUUCAAUUAUCCAUUCUGCAGUUUGAUUAAUAAUGUCUGCUCGUCCAGCAACGUCCAUCUGAGCGACAAAGGUGACUCUAUGAGUGGGCUAUCUGGCUUUGAGAACAGUUCUGUUUAUGGUGCGCUAAACAGUGACCCAAUGGCUGGAGGAACAAGGGAUGGAGAGCAAGACCAGAGUGUGUAUACACCAGAGAUGACAACCAGCCAGACAUUUAAUAAACACAGAGGCAGACAGAAAAGCACAUCAUCAUUUCAGGACAUUGACCCAGUCCAAGCUGUGACCCCAUUGGCAGUCUCACAGUCAGAUCCAUGCAACAUUCUCCUUCAGAAGGUCAUUGGAAUCCAUGUAAUAAGAUGUCACACGCCAGAGGCCAAUGAGGUCAACAUCCUUUCAGAGUCACCUAGCAGCUCAUUACCAGCCUCAGCCCAACAACACAGCAACACACACAUUGAGAAUCCGACAGAACAAGAGACAAUCGGCACGUCUUGUCUUCCAUCACAGCCCCUGAACAUGCCACAGCAAAUCAAUCCCCAUGGUGUUGUUGCACAGGACUGUGCUCAGUCUGACUGUAAUAUUGGAACCAAGGAGCCUGACGACAAGCAUGAACAACCAGUUAGAGACUCUGUGCCAGUAACUGAGGAUGCACUCUAUCCUAAUUGUCAGGAAACCUUACCAGAGAGUGGAGAUCUCAAUGUGAGCCCUGAUGRUGGAAACCAUGGAGAUCCUGAACAACCUUCUUCAGAUGUUAGUGUGGACGUUGACGGGCCUGUUGGAUCACAGUCCCAACCAUGUCCAGUGGCUAUGGACUCACCACAGUCUGAGAGGGUUCAUGAAGGCCACUGCUGUAACUCUACAGUGGAGGAGAAGUUGAGACCUCCUCAUGCCAAUGACAAAGAUAUUGAAGUUAAGCACAACAACCCAGCGACCUCCAAACCCCCAAGCGAUGAGACAGAUCUCUCCCCCAAAAGCAAUCAUUCAAAACAAUCUUGCCUGCUGAAAACUGAGGAGAAGACAUCUGAAACCAUUGACUAUUCGUUUCUAGCAAGCAACAAAAGAUAUCGAUCAUCAUUUGAGUUAACUUCCGGGAAGAGGGACAUACAUUCCAGGAACAUGCACAGCAUCGUAAUUAGUCAAACAACUCCGACAUACCAGAUAUCCCCAGUGUCUGACCUGAACACUAAACUGUCCUCUGGAUUCCAAGAGCCUCCUUCUCCAUUCACAAUUCCCAUCUUUCUAAAGGGCAAGCAAAACACCAGAGAUCCAUCAAUGAUGACUAGGUCUGCAGACUCGCACAACCCUCCCAGCCUACUGACGUCCCACACGAGGGAUCAUCAAGGGGAAUGGAAUACCAUUAGAGAGACCUUUUAUGAAAUGUCAGCAGAAAAAGAAAGCAGAGAUCACAUCUCAGUCAACUCUGCUUUGCCCAUCAUCACGACCCCUUCCUCUAUGGGCAGCAGCAAGUUGUGGCAGGACUACCCCAGGACCGUUUCCUCUCCAUGUCUCUCCAACAGCAGCAGGUUGUGGCAGGACCUCCCCAGGACCGUCUCCUCUCCCUGUCACCCCAGCUUCUGCAGAGGAACUGCUUCUGAGGCUUUCCCACCCAGCUCACAGGACGACGAAGAGUCACAGCAAUCCAACAUCAGAGCCCAAAUUGCUCAAAUAGAGCCGUUCCUGUGCUCCGCGAGGUUGAGACUCCCAAAGAAACGCAAAAUGGAUUAAAGUGAAACUAUGCAGUUGUAAAGAAGUACUAGAGUUGAUUUCAUUAAGUUUUUGAUCAUUACAUUAAGUUUACACUAUCAAACUUGUUCAAACUAUCAAAUGUUCUGUUAUUAAGAUUUGAAAACACUUAAGGCAAGAAGGCAUUGUUAAAUUAUUUUAAGUGGUUUCUUGUAUGUAUUUAUUAUUGGGUCUAUAUGGAUUUCACCAUAUUUAUUUAUGAAUCCAUGCUGUUUGUUAUUGACCUACAGUUCUGUAUAUUAAAAGUAGCCAAAUGUUCAGUACCUGGCUUCUUUUAGCUCUAUUGUCAUAGACUUGAGAACUACGUUUGAAAGGAUAGUCAGCAGUAUACAAUACGACGCACUGAAACAGAAAAAUAAAGGUAGCAAGAAAAUUGCUUUGCCUAAUUGUUUACAAGCUAAUUAACUCUUAAUUACUCUACAACCAAUCUUGCAGUGCCUCAGGGGGAAUUUAAUGAAGGAAACGCCACUUGUUUCCWGCAGUAGCACUAACACUGGGCAACUAUAACUUGGGCUAAUUGGAAUACACAAGUAUUAAACAAGAAUCGAUUAGUGCACAUUAACCCAAAUUAACAAAUGCAAAUGAGCUUCUCAUUAAGUUUAUGUCCCUCCUGUUAGGAAGCAGUAGAGACCAUAUGGACACAUGUUAGGGCGAUACAGAUGACAACAUAUAUUGCUCACGGGCCUCACCGGUCAAGAUUAACAAGUGUGGCAGGUUUAGAGAGUAGUGUUGUAAAUAGAGAAUAGAAAACUGGUCUUUCAACACAGCACUUAUACUGUAACCAUGGAUAAUUACGAAUGGGAUGAUCACUUUGAAAUAGAUGCCAGAAGAUGCUGUCAAAUUUACUCGCAAAAAUAUUUUAUAUUUUUGUCUAAUUGAAAUGCAGCAGAAAUGUAUAUGUCUAUUUCAAAUUUGUGUAACUACAAAACCCUGGAAAAUACAAACGGAAAUAGAAUGGCUUUUCAGCCAGUUACCCCUACAGACUCCACAAAGAAAACGAUAAUUCUCGUUUUGCUCCUACAGAUCCUCAGUAGACUUAAUACUCAAUACUCAAGUUGUGUUCCUCAACAAAAUUCAUUGCACAGCUAAAAUCCACACACCUUCAUCAGUAGCACAAGGUCUCGCCAAGCCGAGGUCCGUCUUACUGCACUUACCCAUUAUGAAUACGUCAAAAUGUUAAUGCCCUCAUAAAGAAGUCUUAUGUGUCUCAGCCAGUGGUGGUGACCCCUGUCCUGAAACGGAGGGUGGGAUAUGGGGCAAUAUGGAGAGGGUCAUUUUAAUACACAGCCAGAUUAUGAAGUGGUGGUCCUUUGAAACAGUCAAUUACACUUGAGCGCGGGAGGACGCCAAUGUUAAUUACCAGUUGGUUUUAUAUAGUGUGUAA